GUGUGUGCGUGUGUGUGUAUGAGUGCGUGUGUGUGUGUGUGUGUGGACUUUGGACGUGUGGCUGUUAAAGUAAAGUUGGAGCAGAGAUGUGGACUCGGUUCUCUCUCCUCUCCGCGUUGCUUCCUAGUUUGAUGCGCAUCCAAGCGGUGGAAUUCAAGCCCCGGUCUCUUCCUCAUUCAGCCACUUCAGCUAAUUAUCACCAACUAACUUGUCGGGUUUUUGUUGUUGUUGCGACUUUCGGGGCAACUUCAGCCCCUCCGCGUGCACGCGCGGGGGGCAGUCGUGUGGCGGUGUCGCCCGCGGGGGGAGGGCGGCGGGAGCGGGUUCAAAGUCUGCCCCUCCGCCCGGAGUCGAGCAUCCAUAUCUCGGGUGCACUUUGGUCGGAGCCUCGCUGUUAGUGGCCAUGUGUAAAGCUACCAGACACCAGCGGCAAGUCAGCGGCAAGCAGCGCGGCCGCUUCCUGUCCGCCCUUUCAGAGUAAAACCACCUGUUGGCUGAGAGGCGAUGUGUUGAAGGGGAUGAAGACUCUGAGUGAUGCUGGUUGGUCCAGGCUGCUGUGACGCUGUCGUCAUCACUACAGCGACUUGAUAUACAAGAAAAAUAUAUUAUUUUGUUUUUACUCUGGAGUCUGGGAAAGGUUUUUCAGUAAUUGCUACAUUUUACGCCAACCCGUCCGGAAAAAGAAUCAUUCAAGGCCGCAACUACAUAUUGUUUUCAUUAUCAAUUCACUUGUUUCGAUUAUGAUAAUGUGUGACAACGUUAAGUCAGUGAUGAUUUGAUAUUUUUGCUCUAGAUAAGAGGUCGCUAGUGUCAUAGUUUCAGUAUAUAUAUAAAUACAUAUGUGUGUAUAUGAUAAUGUGAAUAUAUAAUAUAUUGUGCGUUAGAGAUGUUUGAUCUUCUGUAAUUUGAAGCUUCCGUCUCCGAAUGUGAAGUUUUACUCUGAAGGGUGAAAUCGUCCAUGUUUCCGGUCGCGUCCCGGCUACCGGCGGCCAGCUCGACACCGCCGUGACCUUGCCCCGGACUCGUUUUAACGACGAAACCAACCGACUUUUUUCUUUCACCGACGACGCCGCCGCGACCCGCGACCGGUUCAGACCGAGUCGCUCGACGCGCGCGAGUUGUGCGACUUUUCGCCGCGUUCCGGAGACUUUUCCGCCGCCUGCGGUGACGCGCGGCAGCAGCGGCAGCGUCGACGUGACGCCUGUUGCAUCCCCCCCCGCCUCCUCCCCUCCCCCCCGCCUCCCUCCUCCGCCUUGUUCUCCCUCUUUUCGCUCUUCCGACAUCACCCGACGCCGUCGCGUCUCUCGUCGGUAACUCUCGGUGUUUUCCGACACUUUAAACUUCUUCCCGCCAUCAGAGCGUCGACUUGGGCAACUUUUUUUAGCCGUUAGCCUUUAGCCGUUAGCCUCGCGCCUGGUUCCUUGUCGGUGAUGCUGCUGCGGUCUGCGGCGGUUGGAGCUCACGAUGCGGGUUCAACUGUCAUCAGUGGACCGGGUCAAUGAUUGACAGCCGGGAGCGGGGGACCGGGGCCGGCUGCCCUGACUCGCCGGGAGAAGAGCUGAGCCGCUGGGGCUCCUCCUCCGGACUGAACCGUGUGAGCAGUGGUUGCAGACACACACACAACAAACCCCGCCCCCUCCCGCACUGCCCCGCCCCCGAGACACGAACGAGCGAACGUUGCUUUACGAAAAGGACGGCAGUGAUGGAAAACUCCACAGAGGAGCUGCAAGAAGGGGGAGGAGCCAACACUGAGCUAAAGGAGGAGGAGAUAACGGAGGAGAAGACGCACAAUAACCUCAAAGGAGCGAUGAACGGAACGAAGGAGGCGGCGGCCGAGAGCGGAGGAGAGAAGCUCCAGAAUGGAGACCGAGGAGGAGGAGGAGGCGGAGCCAUGGCGGCAGAGGGAGGUGACCUGUCUUCCAUCAACGCCAUGAUGUCUACAGUGAUGUUGGCGGCGGAGACGAUCAACGGCGGGGCAGAAGCAGAGGGAGCGAGCGGAGCGACCUCGGCCAACUCCUCCACCGGCCCGUCGCCGAGCCCCUCCCCCAGCAAGUCGCUCACGGCAGCCAUGAGAGCCCCGCCCAGCCGCAAUGCACGACGAAGCCAGGAAUCAAAAGACGACAGCUCCCAGUUCAUCUGUCCUCUGUGCGACAGGGACUGUCAGACGCAACACCAGCUCACCAUGCACAUCAGACAGCACAACGCCGACGCCGGAGCGACGGAUCACUCGUGCAGCAUCUGUGGGAAAUGUCUGAGCUCGGCCUCGUCGCUCGACAGACACAUGCUGGUUCACAGCGGAGAGCGACCGUACAAGUGUGUUGUCUGUGGACAGACCUUCACCACCAACGGCAACAUGCACAGACACAUGAAGAUACACGACAAGGACCCAGCCACAGGGAUGCUCCCCAUCUGCCCCCCCACCAUCGCCAAGCGCCGCCGUCCGUCCGUCAAGAGGAGGCAGGGGCCGGAAGAGGAGAACGGAGAGGAGCCGCCCAGCAAGAAGUUGGUGGAGGACGCGGCGGCAGCUGAGGAGUCGGCGGCGGCGGUUCACGGAUCGGAGGAGGAGCUGUUGCCAUGUCCGAUCUGUUUCAAGACCUGCAGCUCCAGACUGGAGCUGGACGCACACAUGGACACACACCCUGACACCGCACUGAGGUGUGACCUCUGCUGCCUCUCUUUCCGAACUCACCGCGGUCUGUUGCGUCACAACGCGGCGGUUCACAAGCUGCUGCCUCAGGACCCCAGCGGACGCCCCUUCAUCCAGAACAACCCCUCCAUCCCCACCGGCUUCAACGACCUCGCCUUCAUCGACUUCUCCUGCAAGAAGUUUGCUCACAUUGCGCAGGUUUGGUGUGAGACGAACCUCCGUCGCUGCAUCAGUAAGUUCCACCGGUUCGUCUGUGACAGCUGUGACAAGGCGUUCCCCCUCCGCUCCGCCCUCGACCUCCACAAGACCACCUCCCACAACGACGCGGAGGUCGAAGAGGACGGAGCUGCAGAAAAUGGCGUUGAGAGCGACGGUCAUGGCGAAGAGAAGGAAGUCCCGCGCUCGGAGCAGGCCAGCUUCAUGGACGUCCUCGGGCUCCAGCACAUCUCUACCGUGAAGUCUGGUCCCACAGACGAUGAGAUCCAUCAGGCGCACCUGGACAGCAUCAAGGUGAUCCACGUGGAGCCGCCGUGCUCCAGCCUCCCCCAGGAGCCCGCCUCCUCCUUCCUGUCCGGGGGUCUGGGGCUGACCCUGGGGCUGGGCGUCGGCGGCCUGGCGGCCCUCAGCAUCCCUCUGCUGGAGGCCUCGGCCCUGCAGGGCCUGUCCCAGAAAGAUGCCCUCAGCCUGCUGUCAAUGCAGCCUUUCCCGACCGGCUUCCUCCUGCAGCCUGACGGCGGCGCCGCGACGGCCAGCGCCGCCUCGUCCGGUGCCAAGCCCAGCGAGGCAAGUGGAGGAGGGAUCAUGGAGCUGGCGGACAUCCAGCAGAUCCUCAAAGUGGCGACUGCAGCGCCCAAUCAGAUGGGACUGACCCUCCCGCCUCUGGCCAAAGCUCCUGGACUCACUGGAGGUCAAGGUCCAGUCCCGGCUCAGAAGGCGAUGCCUCCCUUGAAGCCCAAACCUCCCAUCACGCCGCGCUCCAGCCUCACAGCCACGACUCCGCCCCCCCUCCAGAACUCCCAACAGGCUUCACUGGGCUGCAUCAGCCCCAGCCUGCCACCUCCCACCCCCACCCUCUUCAAAACACCUUCCUCAUCCUCAUCCUCCUCCUCCUCCUCUUCCUCCUCUUCAUCUGGGAACGGAGGGCAGAUGGAUGCAGAGUGCAUGGGCGACGCUCACACGCCACUGUCUGAUUCGCCGCCAGCUGCGACUACGGCUGUGCACGAGGAGGCAGGGCUUAGUGGCAGAAAGCUGGGAACCAAAGGGGGGAACAACGCCAACGCUGGUUCGGCGAAAGGCUCGUUCCCGUGCCGCUUCUGCGACCAGGUGUUUGCCUUCUCGGGCGUCCUGCAGGCUCACAUGCGCUUUCACCUUGGCAUCCUUCCUCACCAGUGCAACAUCUGCGACUACGUGGCUCCGGACAAAGCUACGCUGAUCCGACACUUGCGGACGCACAGUGGCGAGCGGCCGUACGUCUGUCGGGUGUGCCACUAUCCCUUCACUGUCAAAGCCAACUGCGAGCGCCACCUCAGGAAGAAGCAUGCCAAGACCUCGAGGAAGGACAUUGAGAAGAACAUAAAGUACAUCACCUCCACCACCGCGGGGAACUUUGCAGGAGCGAUCACCACGCCCACCCAGGACACGGAGACGGGCUCCACCGGGGCUGAGACCACGUGCCGGUUCUGCGGCGAGGACCUGAAGACGUACAGGGCGCUACAGAUCCACCUGCGCACACACAACGGCUGCCAGAGGAAGCCCUUCGAGUGCCGGCGCUGCGGCGCAGCUUUCCUGGCCAAACGCAACUGCAUCCACCACCUGCUGAAGCAGCACCCCGAGGUGCAGGAGAGGGAGAUCGAGGAACACAUCGCCACGCUUCAGCCGGCCGCCGCCGCCACCGUUGCCUCUGCCCGCGCUGCUCCGGCGAAUCAGACGGUGCCGAACGGGAUUGGCCAGUCUCUGAUCCAGGCACUCCAAGCUGUGAAGGUGGAGGAACCGGCCAACAUGGUUUAUCCUGCAGAACUGGACCAGCCGCUGGACUUCUCCGCCAAAGGUCGUGGAGCCGGGAGCCAGAUGGGGUCACCUGGGGUCAAACUGGAGAGCGGCUCCCCGAGCUUCGACUGCUCCGCCCUGGACCAGCCCAUCGAUCUGUCCAUCCCCAGCAAAAGGCAGCGGAGAGAGGUGGCGGGCGGCGAGCAGAGGGAGAUCAAGACGGAGCAGAGCGGCGGCAGCAUCGUAGAGCAGCAGCUCGCUCUGGCUCUGUCCAAGGACGAGAAGGCGGUCGGCGCCCUGCACCCUCACCCCCAGCUCGGCUGUUACCAGCUCCCCCCUGGGUCCACCCCUCCCCCCACCCCCUUCCCCACCCUCAACAACUCGGCUCGAGCUCAGCGCCUCAAACCACUGCUGCCCAAACCGGCGUCCUCCACCUCCGGACCGUCCGCUGCCCUGAAAGAUCUGCCUCCUCUGGCCUCCAUCGCUCAGAUCAUCCACUCUGUCUCCGGAGCUCCAGACCUGCUGAAGAGAGAGGCCGUCCCGCUGGACUGCAAACCCCAGGGGGUCGUUGCUUCCUCGCAGGCCGAUUCUGCUGCAGACGCCCCAGGACCCUCCGCUGCUCCGGACAAGCCGAGCGACGAACCGUCCGAGGGACCGUCCAGAAAACGGUCCAGGAAGAAGGCGGCUGCCCUGGCACUGAAGGAGAAGACGCCUGUGAGCGGCAGCGGCGGCGGCAUUGACUUGGAGUCCAGCGGUGAGUUCGCCAGCGUGGAAAAGAUGCUCGCCACCACCGACACCAACAAGUUCAGCACCUAUCUGCUGAGUGGAGCUGCCGACCUGGAGGGAAAGAGAGGAGAUGGUGACAGAGGAGCAGAGGAGAAGGACGGAGGAGUGAAGGAGGAGGGGAAGUCGGCGACAACGCCCUCCAAAGUGAAGAAGAACGCCUACUCCAACUCUGUCCAAAAGAUGACCUGCCCCUUCUGCCCCCGAGUGUUCCCCUGGGCCAGCUCGCUGCAGAGACACAUGCUGACACACACCGACGUUUUCUCCUCAUCCAGAUCGUCCGUCUGUCUCUCUCCAGGUCAGAAACCGUUCCCAUGUCCGAAGUGCGACGCCUUCUUCUCUACCAAGUCCAACUGCGAGCGCCACCUGCUGAGGAAGCACGGCGUGACGCACAGGACGCUGCGGCGCAACGGCGCCCUCGGGAGGAAGGACGGAGACGACGGCUCGCAGGACAGCGCAGAGAGUCAGUCGGAGACAGAGCAGAUUGCACCAGAAGCACAAGACCUCAGCAGCGUCGCCGAAGACUCAAGCCCCCCCCCCGCAUCAGAGAGCCCGACCCCUGGCGAGCAAGAGAUGGAUACGCCAAACGCAAGCCCCUCCCCCAAACCAAGCCAAGGUCACAGUCCAGCUGACGACGGUGCAGAGCCGCCGGACGCAGACGCCUCGGAGCAGCCGGACCAGCAGGGGGCAGCACCGAGCAACAAGGUGGACAGCGCGGAUGACGACGACUGUCACAGCAACAAAAGUUUGGACCUGAACUUCGGCAAGAAGCUCAUUGACUUUAAGCUCUCCCCGUCCUCAGGCUCUGCCCAGGAGGAGCAAAGCUCCCAGCCCACCUCAUCUUCCUCCUCGUCCUCAUCGUCCUCUGCUCCUCACGUCGAGACCGAGAGCCCGGAGAAGGAGGAGAAAGAGAGAAGUGCCUCCUUCUGUUCUGGCAGCCUCGUGGUGAAGCAGCAGCCCGAGUACAAGCACGUCUGUCGAGUUUGUAAGAAGAGUUUCCGUUACGCCACCACCCUCGCUCGCCACGAGAGGGCGCAUCUCUCCGAGGAGACACCCACUCCGGCGCCAGUGGAGGAGACGUCGCCGGCGAAAGAUGAGGUGACAGAGGGCGACGUCACUAAAAUGACGGAAGAGGAGGAAGAAGAAGAGGAAGAGGAGAAGAAGAUGGAGACGGAGAUGGAAGUGGAGGACGGAGGAUUGAAGAGUGAGAGCGAGGUGGGGGAGAGCGGGGAGUCGGAAGAGGAGGAGAAGGAGAAGGAGGAGAGGAGCGACGAGGAGAAGGAGGAGAGGAGCGACGAGGAGAAGGAGAAGGAGGAGAGGAGCGACGAGGAGACGUCGGAACCAAAGAGUCUGGACGGAGGACGAGUGGACAAGAGGAAGAAGAUCUGUAACGUCUGCGGCAAACGAUUUUGGUCUCUGCAGGACCUGACAAGACACAUGAGGUCACACACAGGUGAACGACCGUACCAGUGUCAAACCUGCGAGAGGACGUUCACGCUGAAGCACAGUCUGGUCCGUCACCAGCGGAUCCACCUGAAGCUCCGCGGCGCCGACGGAUCCUCCGCCGCCAACGAAGACGCCAGCGAGGACGGAGACUCCUGCACCCCGACACCGACCUCCACCUGCCCGCCCUCAGAGAACGAGAGCGAGUGCGGGAGCAGCGCCGCCGGCGCCAAGGAGCUGGAGGAGGAGGAGGAGGAUGUGAAAGAGGAGCUGGAGGAGGAGGAGGACCAUGUGAAUGAGGAGCCGGAGGAGGAGGGAAACCCUGCAAAACCAGAGUUGGUCGCGGCCUCAGAAGAACCGACCACCGUCGCCUCCGGAGACGCGGACGCAGAGGAAACAUCUGAACUUUCUGAAGACUCUGCGGCGCAGCGACCCUCCACCGACACGACCCCCGGCCAUCAAGCUACUGACACAAAGACGACUGCGAGCGACAGCAACCAGAAAUCCACCUCCAAAGACUCGUCCCCCUCCUCCGCCAGCGCUCCAGCAGGAGAAGCCGCCCCAGCAGAGGGCUUCAUCCACGUCCUGCCCAACGGAGAGCCUCCUGCGGUCGGGGCGGACUGAGAGGAACCAGCAUCACCACAGUGCCAUACGACGGACAGAUGCUACAACGUUGACGACGAUGCAAAAACCAGCCCAGAAAACUUUUUUGACAGAAAGAACGAAAAGCUCGUUUUCUUGAAGUGCCUUACUACUAGUCCUACUUCUAUGAUGUUAUUUUUUUGCUAUAUCUUUAUCUGCAUUAUUACGGAGGAUGGAUCUAAUUUUUAUAGCUUUUUAUGAUGACAAUGAUUUGCAUUACAAUUUUUUGUGCGGGGAAUCUAUAUUAUAUACAGCAAUAAAAGAAAAAGAAUAAAGUAACGAUUUAUUAUUGUUCUAGAUUCUGUCUGAGAAUUUAUGAUCAACUGAGGAGGCGCAGAGACAAAGACUGAGAUGAACUGUCGCCGUCUGUUCUUCUGUAUUUAAAUCACGUCAGAGACACAACGAGAGCGUUGUAAGAGUUGAACUGGUCCGGUCGCAGUUCACCGGCGGGGCGGACGCGUCCGGGUGAACUGCGCCGGCUCCGCCCACCGUGCGGCUGAGGAAGAGUUUUUGUAACUGGAAAUCACCGAGAGGCCUCGUCGCCUCUCGGCUGUCGGGGGAAAAACAAACACACGAAAACAUUCAUGAACUUGACAAAGUGUGAACGUUUGUUUUCUUCAUGUCGUCACACUAUUGAUCCCUUCACCCCUCAGAGCCACCUGGGUGGUUUGUGUGUUAAUAAUUUCUCAUUCAUAACCUUUCUCAGUUGAUUCCAUGUGUGUACAGAUUUCAGAAUGUGGCACGUGAUGCAGAGUAUUUUCCUUUUUUUUUCUGUGUGAUUUAUCAGUGAUGCUUCGGUGUCGGGGGGGAAUUCUUGUGUUUCUGUGGAUAUAUAUUUUUUUUUUUAGAACUGAACAAAUCAAAAAGUUUUUGUCAUGUACGUGUGUGAAAGUGUGCGUCUCUCACCGUCGCCCCCUAGUCUUCGUUCAGGGGUACUACAGGGCCUCCCACGUGCUCAUGUUUAUAGCCGCGAACACCUGACCCAGGUUCAGUUUACCUCAACCUCCGCUUUCUAACUGCAACCGUGACGAGAGCAGGCAACACUUCGAUCCCGAGUCUUCCUGAACGGGCCGGCGGGUCACGGUCUGUGGGCCGAGUCCGAGCUAGCCCUGCGUCACACAGCUAGCGGGGGCUUAUGUCUCCGUGUUGCUGGCCUGACUUGCACAUUCACCCUCAACAGCACCGGGGUCAACGCGGCGUCAACUACAGUGUAAAACAGAAUAAGCAAGAGUGAAAUCAUCGCUUGCACGUUUUAUACAAUAAACCUUCACACGCUUAAUAUUCCCUGUUCCUUAUCAAAAGGGCUAGUAGCUAAAUGCUAGUGGUUAGCCUGGGCUAGCUAAACCCAUGUCAGCGUGCUAACUCGGGCUAAUUUGCAUCAGCUCUUAUUCCUGAGCUUCGUUCGGAGUCAAACCUGCUGCUGGAGCAGACAAGCAGGCUAACGCCGCCUUCGCUAAACAAACUAGUUUGGUACGGCCAGCUAACUGAAGCUAGUGCUAAUCGUUAGCCUUAGCUUGUUGUUGUGGGCCCUUAAAAGAAAACAACCAAAAGCUCAAAUACACAUUCAGGCUUCAGCUCACGGAUGAAGAGCUAAUGUUGCGUGAGAGAAGCUAAUCUUCUUUCAGUAUUAUCAUCGUUUCUGUACUUUCUCCCUGGAAUAUUUGUCCUUAUUUAUCCAAUCACGGACUUCAGCCCUUCAGUGUCUGCAGAGACCAGAACAGCUGAUUUAAAAAUAAAACAAAACCCUGUCUGUUCCAAACUUAAGUCAAACUCGGUGUUCACGUAUUUCGCAUUAGAGACAAUCAGUUGUAAAUUUCAAAUGGAAAACGGAUUAAAAAUGUUUAAAUUAAA